GGGGGUCUCCUUUGGGGAGCUGGGAGCAGAGCCGGGGGAAGACCCGGAGGAUGACCGCGCGGCCCGUGGGGACACCAGCGCAGUAAUGCCAACAUGAUGUUUCGCUCAGGUGGAAUGUGGAGCUGUCCCUGGAAGUGGAAGCCAAGUUCCCUUUUGUUCUUAUUUGCUUUAUCUAUUGUCUGUGUUCCUCACUCAGUGUGGGGAUGUGCCAACUGCAGGCUUGUGCUAUCCAACCCUUCUGGGACCUUUACUUCUCCAUGCUACCCUAACGACUACCCUAACGCCCAGUAUUGCAUGUGGACCCUCCGAGCCCCCGCUGGUUAUAUCAUUCAGAUAACGUUUAAUGACUUCGAUAUUGAAGAAGCACCCAAUUGCAUUUAUGACUCAUUAUCCCUUGAUAAUGGAGAGAGCCAGAAGAAAUUUUGUGGAGCAACUGCCAAAGGCCUAUCGUUCAACUCAAGUGCAAAUGAGAUGCUUGUGUCCUUUUCAAGUGACUUUAGCAUCCAGAAGAAAGGUUUCAAUGCCAGCUACAUCAGAGUCGCUGUGUCCUUAAGGAAUCAAAAGGUCAUUUUACCCCAGAUACUAGAUGUGUACCAGGUGUCUGUUGCAAAAACUGUCUCUAUUCCGGAGCUCAGCGCUUUCACACUCUGUUUUGAAGCAACCAGAAUUGGCAAGGAAGACAGUGAAUGGAUGGCUUUCUCCUACUCAAAUGCAUCCUUCACACAAUUACUCAGUUUUGGAAAGGACAAGAGUGGCUACUUUCUAGCUAUAGCUGGCUCAAAAUGUUUACUAAACAGCGUGUUACCUAUGAAGGGUAAAGAAGACAUUUUCACAGAAAGCUUUGAGCAGUUCUGCAUUGAUUGGAAUAAUUCUUUUGGUUAUAUUGGUGUAACUUUCAAAAGAUGGCACAAAAUAGUUCUAUGCAAUGCUAGCAUUGAUAAAGUUAUUCCUGGGAAUGGGAAAUUGUUGUUGGGCUCCAAUCAAAAUGGAAUCGCCUCUCUAAAAGCGGACAUUUAUAACUUUCGACUUUGGAAUUUUUCCAUGAGUUCCAAAAUCCUCUUCAACCUCAGCUGUAAUGUGAAAGGGAAUGUGGUCGACUGGCAAAACGACUUUUGGAAUAUCCCAACCCUAGCUCUGAAAGCUGAAAGCAACCUAAGCUGUGGUUCCUACCUGAUCCCGCUCCCAGCAGCAGAACUAGCCAACUGUGCCGAUCUGGGGACCCUCUGCCAAGCAGCUACUGUAAGCUCUCCUAGUACUACACCACCUACUGUCACCACUAACAUGCCUGUUACUAAUAGAAUCGAUAAACAAAGGAAUGAUGGAAUUAUCUAUAGAAUUUCCAUAGUGAUUCAAAACAUCCUUCAUCACCCUGAGGUAAAAGUACAGAACAAGGUGGCAGAAUGGCUUAAUUCAACCUUCCAGAAUUGGAACUAUACUGUUUACGUGGUUAAUAUCAGUUUACACCUGAAUUCAGGAGAAGACAAGGUUAAAGUCAAGAGAAGCAUUGGGACUGAUCAAAGGUUGGCGAUUUGGGCCCUUCUGGUUUACAAUGCUACCAACAAUCUGAAUUUAGAAGGAAAAGUCAUUCAACAGAAGCUCUUAAAAAAUAAUGAGUCCCUGGAUGAGGGCUUGAGGCUAUAUACAGUGAGUGUGAGGCAAGUGGGCACAUGUCCUGCGGAGGAGAAACCCAAAGGCUUUUACUGGCCAGUCAUCCUACCUUCUGAAUACAGGCAUCCCUGUCCAGGGAAGCCGGGCUUUUAUGCUUCACGGACCUGUAAUCGUGACCUUUCCAACACAUCUUUAAUCUACUGGGGGGAUCCUGAUAUUUCCAAUUGUACAAGGGAAGCAAAUGAAGUUGCCAAUCAGAUUUUAAAUUUAACUGGUGAUGGACAGACCUUAAAUUCGGCCAAUAUUACCAGCAUUGUAGACCAGGUCAAAAAACUUGUGAAUAAAGAAGAAAAUAUUGAUAUAAAUCUUGGCUCAACUAUAAUGAACAUAUUUUCUAAUAUCUUAAGCAGUUCAGACAGUGACUUGAUUGAGUCAUCUUCUGAAGCUUUAAAAACAAUUGAUGAAUUGGCUUUCAAGAUAGACCUAAACAGCACACCACGUGUGAAUAUUACAACUCGGAAUUUGGCUCUUGGAAUAUCAUCCCUAUCUCCAGAGACUAGUGAAGUUUUAAAUUUUAGCAUCAGUCUUCCAAAAAAUAAUGAGUCAUAUUUUCAGAUGGAUUUUGAGAGCAGACAUAUGGAUCCAUUGGCUUCUGUAAUUUUGCCUCUAAACUUACUUGAGAACUUAAGUCAAGAAAAUUCUGUAUUAGUUAAAAGAGCACAGUUUACUUUCUUCAAUAAAACUGGACUUUUUCAGGAUGUAGAGACCAAGAAAGGCACCUUAGUGAGUUAUGUGAUGGCAUGCAGUAUUGGAAACAUUACCGUCCAGAACCUGAAGGAUCCAGUUCAAAUUAAAAUCAAACACACACGAAACCAGGCAGUGCCUAAUCCCAUCUGUGCCUUCUGGGAUCUGAACAAAAAUGAAGGGUCUGGAUUUUGGAACACGUCAGGAUGUGUUGCUCACACAGAUUCAGACGCGAGCGAGACGAUCUGCCUGUGUAACCACCUCACACACUUUGGAGUUCUGAUGGACCUUCAAGGAACUGCCUCACAGAUAGAUGCAAGAAACACUAGAAUUCUCACCUUCAUCACCUAUAUUGGAUGUGGAAUAUCUGCUAUUUUUUCAGCAGCAACUCUCCUGACAUAUGUUGCUUUUGAAAAAUUGCGAAGAGAUUAUCCCUCCAAGAUCUUGAUGAACCUGAGCACAGCGCUGCUGCUGCUGAACCUCAGCUUCCUCCUGGACGGCUGGAUCACCUCCUUUCACGUGGUGGGUCUCUGCACCGCCAUCGCCGCGCUGCUGCACUUCUUCCUGCUCGCAACCUUCACCUGGAUGGGGCUGGAAGCGAUCCACAUGUACAUUGCUCUGGUGAAAGUAUUUAACACUUACAUUCGCCGAUACAUCCUGAAAUUCUGCAUCAUUGGCUGGGGUUUACCUGCCUUCAUUGUAUCAGUUGUUCUAGCAAGCAGAAGCCAAAGUGAAGUUUAUGGGAAAAAGAGUUAUGGAAAAGAACAAGGUGAUGAAUUCUGUUGGAUUCAGGAUCCAGUGGUAUUUUACGUGACCUGUGCUGGGUAUUUUGGAAUCAUGUUUUUACUGAAUGUCGCCAUGUUCAUCGUGGUAAUGGUGCAGAUCUGCGGAAGGAACGGCAAAAGGAGCAACCGGACCCUGCGGGAAGAGGUCUUACGGAACCUGCGCAGUGUGGUCAGCCUGACAUUUCUGCUGGGCAUGACAUGGGGUUUUGCCUUCUUUGCUUGGGGACCCUUAUAUAUCCCUUUCACGUACCUCUUCUCCAUCUUCAAUUCAUUACAAGGCUUAUUUAUAUUUAUUUUCCACUGUGCUAUGAAGGAGAACGUUCAGAAACAGUGGAGGCGGCACCUCUGCUGUGGUAGAUUUCGGUUAGCAGACAACUCAGACUGGAGUAAGACAGCUACCAAUACCAUCAAGAAAAGUUCUGAUAAUCUAGGGAAAUCGUUGUCCUCAAGCUCCAUUGGUUCCAACUCAACCUAUCUUACAUCCAAAUCGAAAUGCAGCUCUACCACCUACUUCAAAAGGAAUAGUCACACAGAUAAUGCUUCCAUGGACAAGUCCUCAUCAAAACUGACCCAUGCUGAUGGAGAACAAACAUCAAUCAUCCCUGUCCAUCAGGUCAUUGAUAAGGUCAAGGGUUACUGCAAUCCUCAUUCAGAUAACUUCUAUAAAAACAUUAUCAUGUCAGACACCUUCAGCCACAGCACAAAGUUUUAAUGUCUUUAAUAUAAGAAAGAAAUGUGAUAUGCAAGCAGUGAACACUGUGACUAGCAGAUGUAAACGUGCCGUUACCUAGGUAACUCCAUAUCUAUGAGGAAUGUAUUUUGUUAAAAAGGCUUUUAUGAAAUUCAAAAUUUGUCUUUUCAGUGUAUUUCUUCCAUGGGGAAGUUUCCAUCAUCACUAAAACUUCAGUACUGAGAGCAACAGUAUUCAGUAGCCACAGGAAAAAUGAAUUUUUAAAAUAUAAAAUUGAAUUCCACUAAUCAGAACUCAGGGGGAGACAUUAAAAUUAGAGGAGAAGGGAGAGGCUGAGCUAGGGACAAACCCUAGUUUAGAGCUCAUUCACACCCCACCCAAUAGUUAGGUUUGGGUUUAGCCAUUUGCUUCAUUGAAAUCUUUCUCAACAAUCAAAGCAUAAUGAUAUUUCUAACUUUUGUGGAUGCCUGCAACUCCUGAAAUGUGCUAGUUUCUGUGAAUGAAGUAGCAUAUAUCCUCUUUUUUCGUGAAAUUUCGACCAUAGAUAUGAAAGAAUGUCUGACCUGAAGAACAGAUAGGAAUUUUUUCUUAUCAUACCAAUUGUUUAACUUUCAGGAACAUAACAUGCUUAAGAAAGAAAGAAUUCACCAAAUUUUGACCUAGUUAAUAUGAGGUCAUGCAAAUUUAUACUAUUUUACUUAUCCUAUUCAAGACACAAAGCUUAAGGAUCAUCAUUAAUUAUCACUUAACCCCAUACAUUUGAAUCAAGUUUAGCAUUGAUGGUUCAUUAAUGUGAACCUCCCAGUAGUUAUUGAAGAAUGAGUCUCUUAUACCUCUGCUUUGCUCCUCUACUGAAUAUUGAGCCCACAGGCUCUGGAAGGAAUGAGAAUUUCCAUUAGGCACGCUGUGUGCCAUAGUUUCUCCCUUUUAGGAAAUAUAAUCAUUGAGAAUCUCGGGUCCUACCCUUGCUCUGCAGACUUUAAGACAUUUGCAGUUGCACAAAUGAAAAGCCUCUUACUUUCCCCUUUAAGAGUUUUGUUCCAAGGAAUAUAAACUGAGACAAAUGGGUGACUUAUCAUAAUCAAAAUAAUUUAUAAACAUGUGGGUCUACAAUUGCUAGUCGAAAAACUAUUUGUACAUAAGUCCUCUGAUUAUAGGAGCCAGAGGAGGUCUGGUAAGAUAGAUGGUGUUAUUUAUGGAUUAGGUUUCUGCCUACAAGCCAUGCAUAAUAUUAAGCAACUUACUUAACUUUCAAACUAUUCUGAGUAAUAUGCUUGCUAGUGAGUGUUUAGGAGACCACAUUUUAUUUGUUCUUAAAUGAUGGAUUUGUAUCCAGUUUCUUACAGAUUGGUCUCAGUACAUGCUGUACCCUUACAUCUGCUCUGGGUUAUCUGGGAAGUAUCAGAUUCUGGGAGGUGGCUAUGUGUUGGGAAGUUGAGCCAUUCUGGAGCCAAUCUGUUUAAAGGCAGCAGGCAGAACUGAGCACCUGGGGGCCUUUCCCUCUGUGCAGAAAGCAGAUAGCUCUCAGCCUGAGACUUAGCAUCCAGGCUGUGCAGCCACCAAGGGGCCUCUCACCUUUUGCUGAUCCUCAGUCAUGAAGCUAUUUGCCAGAUUGAAUGGAUGAUAAGACAAUGUGGGGGUGGAUUUUAUUACUGUUCCAUUUUGCAGCAGGGUGGAACACUGUCCCGGGGUACAUGAGCAUUGCCCAGCUUUGCUUUCACAGGGGAGGGGUGUACAUAGUAGGGAAGGAUAGUAAAUCUUCAAAUCACAAAGAUCCAUUACAGUAGAGCCAGAUCGUUCCCUGUAGGCAUAUGUUAACAGGCUGCUUAUUCUGGCAGAAAUUAUAUAUAGAUGAAAAUUAAUCUUAAAUAGUCUCUGAAUCUUCAUAUACUGUCCCCAAGCCUUAGAGAUUCAUGAUAGAAUUUAAUUAGCUUCCUACUGUGAGAUUUCUACCCAAAGUGCAUAUUGAGUUAACAGUGAUUAAGAGGUAGCUACAAAAAUGACUUUGAUUUCUACUCAUAUUUAUCCAGAUCUGGGAAACCUUUUUAUUCAUAUUUGACAACAAUGUCAGCUCCAUUUUAGAAAUGUCCAGUAACCAGGUAAGGAAAAAUGGAAGAAACAGCUGAAUAGAAACAUUUGCAAGUGGAUUUAAAGACUGAGCCAAAUUCUAUCCUCAGUUCUAAGGAUACAGUUCUCCCCUUCACUUAACCCCCUCAGAACAGAAUUACAGAAAUUCAAUUACAGGAAUGUAAUUCUGUGGAGCCAAAAUUUAGUUUCAGCUCAGCUUUGAGACUAAUAUCAAUUCAGACUCUCUGGGAUUUUUUCUUCUUUGUCCUUUAAAAAAAACCUCCAUUGUAUUGAAUCAUAGUCUAGCAUCCUGAGAUAUUUUGCCUUCUUGUCGCCAUUACUUGCACUGUAAUGCUUUUCUUUUUCACUGUUGUCAUAGACUCUUUUGUACAUGUUUAUUUAUUUAUGUUUAUAAAUGUCAGCUUGUUUUGUAUCUUAGCUUUAUAUUGCUUGGCUUUGUUAUUUUAAUUAACUUUCUAUUGGAGAGACUGUAUAUAUAUUUUUUCUAAGUACCUUGUGAAAUAGAUUUCUGUAGCAGUAUCUUUACUUAUGAUGCAUUAAAAGUGACUGUGAGCGCAAAUUGGAAUUAGUGAGAAGCUACUGUAGCUGAUUUGCCAUUGUACUUAUAUGGAAAUGUUUUUCAAAUAAAUACUUACGUUGUUUGUGUCCCAAAUUA